UAAUGACUCAGAUGGAAAGACGCGGACAUCAACAGCAGAUCAGAUUAGAAAGGUCAUGUCAGAUCUCAGGAUUGUGUUGGUGGGUAAAAGCGGAGCUGGGAAGAGCUCAUCAGGAAACACCGUCCCGGGAGAAAAAGUGUUUGAUGAAGAAUUAUCUGAUGAAUGUGUGACCGAGAAAUGGCAGAAACAUCAGCAGGAGGUUAAAGGUCAAAUCAUCUCCAUCAUUGACACUCCGGGACGGUGUUAUACACCAAUAAAUGAAGAAGAAGUGAAGAAAGAAAUGGAGAAAUGCAUUGAAACAUCUGCUCCUGGUCCUCACGUGUUUCUGCUGGUGCUCAGACUGGACGAGAAACCAACAAACCAAGAGAAAAACAUGGUGAAAUGGAUUCAGGAGAACUUUGGGGAAGAAGCUAACCGAUACACCAUCAUCCUCUUCAUUAGAGGAGAUCAGAAUAAAACAUCCAUAGAGGAGUUUCUGGCAAAUAACGAGGAGAUGCGAGCACUAGCUGAACAGUGUAAAGGUGGAUAUCAUGUCUUUAACAACACCGAUGAAGAAAACAGAUCUCAGGUCAGUGAGCUGCUGGAGAAGAUCGACUCAAUGCUGGAGGAAAAUGAAGGGCAGUUUUACAGUAAUGAGCUGCUGAUGGAGGCUCAGAGGAGCAGACAUCUGACCGGGGUUCAGAAAGCAGUGUUUGUGGGAGCAGGUCUGCUUGGAGGAGCCAUUGAGGGAGCAGGAGCUGUAGCUGUGGUUCAAUCUGCCAUGGCUUUAGCAGCCAUUCCUGCGGCUUUUAUCGCGGCAGGAGUCGCCAUCAUGGCUGAAGGAGCAGCUCUAGCUCUUAUAGACGCACUGAGAGCAUGCAUGAAGAGGAGAAAUAAAGACAACGACAAAUAAAGGUUAUGAGGACAGUGUUGGGGUGAUGUAUUACACAUAAUAUGUACUGAGAGCGUGCAUGAAGAGUAGAAAGCAGUAAAUAAAGGGGUAUUAUAAAGAAAGCAGUAAGUAAAGGGGUUAUUAGCACUGCAGGACAGUGUUGAGGUAUUAUUUUAUCUAAUAAGGCGCACUGAAAGCAUGAAGAGGAGAAAUGAAGAUUGAUGUAAAUAAAGGGGUUAGCACUGCAAGACAGUGUAGAGGUCAUAUUUUAUCAAAGAUUGUGCACUGAGAGCAUGCAUGAAGAGGAGAAAUGAAGACAACAGCUAAUAUAGGGGUUAUUAGUACUGUAGGAUAGUGUUGUUGGGGUAGUAUAUUACAUUUACAUUUAGUCAUUUAGCAGACGCUUUUAUCCAAAGCGACUUACAAAUGAGGACAAGGAAGCAAUUUACACAACUAUAAGAGCAGCAGUGAACAAGUGCUAUAGACAAGUUUCAGGUGUGUAAAGUCUAAGAAGCAAAGCAUUAGUAAAUUAUUAUUAUUAUUUUUUUUGAGAGAGAGAGAGAGUACAGUUAGUGGUAUAGCCAGAGAGGCAGUUAAGAUUAGGAAGGAAAGUGGAGACUAAACAGUUGCGUUUUUAGUCGUUUCUUGAAGACAGCAAGUGACUCUGCUGUUCUGAUGUAGUUAGGGAGUUCAUUCCACCAACUGGUCAGAUUGAAUGCGAGAGUUCGGGAAAGUGAUUUUUUCCCUCUUAGGGAUGGAACCACGAGGCGACGUUCAUUCACAGAACGCAAGUUUCUGGAGGGCACAUAUAUCUGCAGAAGUGAGAGCAGAUAAGAAGGAGCAAAGCCAGAGGUCGCUUUGUAAGCAAACAUCAGAGCUUUGAAUUUGAUGCGAGCAGCAACUGGCAGCCAGUGCAAACGGGUGAGUAGCGGAGUGACAUGUGCUCUUUUGGGUUCAUCAAAGACCACUCGUGCUGCUGCGUUCUGAAGCAGCUGAAGAGGUUUGAUAGAGUUAGCUGGAAGCCCGGCUAGUAGAGAGUUGCAAUAAUCGAGUUUGGAGAGAACAAGAGCUUGAACAAUGAGUUGAGCUGUAUGUUCAGAUAGGAAGGGUCGGACCUUUCUGAUGUUACAGAGUGCGAAUCUGCAAGAUCGAGCAGUUCUAGAAAUGUGCUCAGAGAAGUUUAGUUGGUCAUCAAUCGUUACUCUAAGGCUUUUUACCAUUUUGGAUGCAGUAAUGGUUGCCCCAUCCAUCUGGAUUGAAAAGUUUAUUACAAUAUUACAAAUAAAGUGCACUGAGAACAUGCAACAAGAGGAGAAAUAAAGAAAAUUGUAGUAGUGCAUGACAGUGUUGGUUUAAUACGUUUGAUCAAAUAUUGUGCACUGAAAGCUUGUGUAAGGGGAGAAAUGAAGAAAACUGUAAAUAAAUGGGUUGUUAGUACUGUAGGUAAAUGUUGUUGGAAUAAUAUUUUACAAAUAAUGUGCACUGAAAGCGUGCAUGAAGAGGAGAAAUAAUGAAAAUAGUAAAUAAAGGUUAUAAGGACAGUGUUAGGGGCACUGCAAAAAACUAAAAGCAUAGAAACUUGUAUUGUUUCUGGUUCCAAAUAUCUAAAAAAUCUUAAAGUAAGAAGCAUUUUUCUAGAUGUGUCAUAAGAAAACAUAAUAACGAAUAAUAUUAAAUAUAAUAAUAGAUAAAAGAACAAUAAAAGAACAAAAUCCAUCGCCAGUUACUUCCCCUUUAUUAAUUGCAUUUGUUCUCUUGUCUCUGUGUUGACAUAUGUACGGUCAAUCAUACAUGCCAACACUCCUGUUUUUCCCGCCACUCUCCCAUUUUGUUAUUUCUCUCGGGGACCUCCCACAAUUUGUAAGGCCAUGCUCUCAUCCAUGCUUGCCAGAUCUUGUAUGAAGCUCAUCACCUUGAAAUAUAGACGAAAUAUUCAAAUAUCGAAACACUUCCUUACCUUAAUCUGGUAGCAUACGCUACAACAUUUGCACUGUUGAUUUCUAUUUGUAGAUUAUUUGCUCUUCUCAUUUGCAUAAAAAUAGACAAUGCCUUAAAAUAAAUUAAAAACUGCUAUUAUUCACUGA